UAUAUAUAUAUAUAUAUAUGUAUGUAUAUGUUGUGUAUCUGUGUUUGUCCCCUAACAUCGCUUGACAACCGAUGCUGGUGUGCUUAGGUCCCCGUAACUUAGCGGUUCGGCAAAAAGAGACCGAUAGAAUAAGUACUAGGCUUACAAAAGAACAAGUCCUGGGGUCGAUUUGAUUCGACUAAAGGCGGUGCUCCAGCAUGGCCGCAGUCAAAUGACUGAAACAAGUAAAAGAGUAUAAAAGAGUAUAAAAGAGUAUAUAUAUAUUUAUAUAUAUAAAUCUACAUACAUAUAUUUGUAUACACGCAUGCAUUUUUAUUUAAGUGUGUGUAUAUGUGCCUAUAAGGAUGGUGACAUGAUUCAUGUUUUUUGUUUUUUUUUUUGUAAGGAGAGAAUUUUGUCUCCCGAUUUUAUUACCUAGGGAGAUUAAAUAUUGACCAGCUUUUCAACCUCGUCAAUCACUAACGCUGGCCUCUGUGUGUAUGUGUGUGUGUGUUUGCAAAUGGACUCUUCCCAACUGAUCUAUCUUCGAAAAAGCUUUUUCAAAAAGAGAAUAUUUAUUAAGAUUUAAUUUAUAUUAUAUUAGUUUCUUAAAGACAUCUAUAAAGCUCACUGGUUUUAUAUAUGGGAGAUAACCUAAGUUUUUCGCGGGGAGAUAACCCCAUUUUUUAAUGGCAAAGUUUUAAUGGGGGUGAGUUAACCAAAAAGUACCAAAUUUUGUUUACUAGGAGUGUUACUUGUAUUAAUUAAAAUUUUCGAGAUGUGUAUUUCGAAUUUAUAUUAUGAAUAUAACGAAAUUGCUUAAUUGUUAGUUUUUACUAACCUACAUGCAAAUAUUUUAUUUCAAAAAUUUACAUGCGCAUAUCUUGGGUCCACAGAUGAUAAGAUAGCUCUCGGGUGGGGUGGGGUCCACAAGCAAAAUAAGGUUAGGAACCGGUGUCCUAGAGUGACACUCCCCUCUCGUAGCAUGACACUUAUUCCACGAGAAGCUUCACUUAUAGUUAGAGUUGUCUCCCCUGAGUCAAGAUGUCUCCCGGUCAGAAAUUUGUUCCAACUUUGCAACAUUUCAUUUUACGUGGUGAAGUAAUCAGGUUGUACAGGCAAUGUCUCCGUACCGUUUAUAAGAUGCCAAAAGAACAGAGACCAUCAAUGGUUGUAUGGAUAAACCAAGAAUUUCUCUUAAAUAAGAAUUUACAAGAUCCUGAACUAAUCAAAAUGAACAUUACAAGAGGCAAAACAUUACUGCAGAAAUUCAAGGGAUCCAUUCAAAGAACUGAAGUAUCCUGAUGGCUUUUUUAAUGUUCUCAAAAUAGACUCUCUCUCUCACUCCCCCAUAUCAACAAACCUCAUAGCAAUUGCAUAUAUAUAUAUAUAUAUAUAUAUAUAUAUAUGCAAGAGAUAAGAGAUGGCAUUCACAAGACUCUUCAUUCAGAAACACUACAAUCGUUUCGAUUCAUUACGCACCAGUACCUUACAGGUGAGAUGCUGUACAAUCAACUGUCAUGCAUGAUAGGUACAGACGUGUCUCCCCAGGUGACUUUACAAAGAAGUACUUCCUUCUCACCUGUAUUCUAAGGGUGCAUGAUAAGUUAAAACAAUCGUACUGGUUCUGAAUAAAGAGACUUUUGAGUUCCA